GCUGCACCAUUCAGGAUCAGUGAUUAGAUUCUGCAUCCACAAGCAGCAUUCAUGCACAGCUAAUAUAUAACUGAAGCUUGUCAGUGUGUCCCAGUGUGCAGGGGCAGAUAGACACAGCUGCACCACAGAGAGCUUUCAAUACUUCAGGAUGGCUGUGAAGCUGCUCUGUCUCGGCCUGCUGCUGGCCCAGUUGGGCCCCAGCCGGGCCAAACAACAAACGUGUCUCACAUCGGCCUCCAACUGCGAUGAGUGCAUGCAGUCUGGACCGGAGUGUGCUUGGUGCACAGCCCCUCACUCUAACGUCCGCUGUCACACCCUGAAGGGGCUGCAGAGAGCAGGCUGUCGUAAACGUUAUACGUACAACUCUCAGGGUGGGGUGCAGGUCGUUAGGAAUGACAGCAGCAGUGAGCCAGUGAGUCCCGAGGCUGUGUUCCUCCAGCCCCAGGAGUUCUCCCUUCGUUUGAGGCCGGGAGUGAGACAAUCCUUCCCUCUCACUAUCACCAUGCCUACAGGCCAGCAUACCGCAGAGCUGGCUAUGGACACCACCCCUGUGCCAGCGGGAGUCAACGUCACAUUUAUUAGCUCUGUGAAUGGAAACCUCCUGGUCGUACAGGUAAAUGUUGAGGCUGCCCGGUGUCCCAGUGAAAGUGAUGACUCAAGCCAGAUGCAGAACAGGACUGGGCCCUGGUCUGUCCACAUCACACCCAGAGGGUUUUCACAAAGUGUGAAGUUAGAGAUAACUCUGGAGUGUCAGUGUGACUGCACGAGGAACCGUGAGGAAAACAGCCUCGGCUGCAGCGGCCGCGGGGCUCUGGUGUGUGGCCAGUGUGAGUGCAAUAAGCCUUACUUUGGACAACAGUGCCAGAGGGACACUGAUUUAUUCUUUUCAUCAAACGAAGACGCCUGCCGCUCAGGCCCCAAUGCCCCUGUGUGCAAUGGUAGGGGGAAGUGCGUGGAGGGCUUCUGUGAGUGCGAGAACCGAGUAAACCCAACAGAAAGGUACACCGGACAAUUCUGCGAGUGCAGCAACUUUGACUGUCCAUACCACAAUGACAGAAUAUGUGGAGGUCACGGGAGGUGCGAGUGUGGAGACUGCCUUUGUGAUGAUGACUGGACCGGUGAAGACUGCAGCUGCUCAAUGGAGACAGCUUCCUGUAUGGCAAACAACCAGAAGCUGUGCAAUGACAGAGGGAUGUGUCAGUGUGGAAUAUGUGUAUGUGAGCCACCAUACACAGGCCCGACCUGCGAGGACUGCCCUGUUUGUCAGGGCCCAUGUCAGCAGCACGCGGAGUGUGUGGAGUGUCGGGCGUUCGGGACAGGAGCAAAGAAGGAUAGGUGUGACCAAGAGUGUGGCUACCUCAUCGUGACGAUGGUGGAGACCAAACAGGAUGUGCCUCAAACGACUGCAUUCUGUAAAAUGAGAAGCCGCGAUGACUCUUGCGUCUUCUACUACACCUUCUCCAACCUGCCCUCUGAAGGACGGUCGACUGUGGUGCGGACUAAAGAAUGUCGUCCCAACUAAAUCCAGUUUUAUUUUUAGUUAACUAAAAGUUAACUAUUCAAGUUUUAAAUCACCGGAUAUUAUGUUUUCAUGUUCUUUUGUUCUUAACACCUGACCAGCCUUAUUUGUUUUAAUUAUUGAAAUAGGUAGAUUAAAUAGUUAUAAUACAAGGUAAUGAGUGCUGCAUCAGCAGGAGAAGGACAUUUUAGUGUCAUGCAAAACAAUUAGCAUACUGAUGUCCAGGAAUCGUUAUUAUCAAUGGUUUGGCUUAGACUUAUGGUCUCAAAAUGUUCAACAGCCAGGUCAAAGACGAUCUAGAUUUGGCUGAGAACAGAAAUGAUGUCAUAAACCACAAAGUGUGCUUAUAAGAGAGAAACAGAGCAUACCUCCAUUCGUAUGAUAAUGCAGUUGUUUCUAGCAGUGAGGCUGGUACUGUGCUGGAAACGAAGGUCUCUGGCUUGAAGACUGAGCUCCUGGCAAAGCUCUGUUUUCUUCUUCUCUGUAAAGGGAAAAAUAAUCACACCAGUAAGAGGAGCAGAGGCAGAGAGCAAUAUAGACGUCAUCUUAUUUCAUAUAUUUUAGACUUCAUGUGAAAUAGGACACCAAAAGCAGACGUUACAACAUGGCUUCUUUCAGCAUUUUGUUCAUUAAAGAGCAAUCAUCAGUCUCAAGCACUUGUGAUCUUGGGCUAUAUACAUACAAACUGACUUGAAUGAUAACUAAUGAUAACUAAUCAAAGAUUAAUAAUAUUUAUUUUGGAACACUUACCAAAUGAUGUCACAUUUCCCUCUUGGUCAAACUUCAUCUGUGAAAUAAAUAAUAAAAAAACUGAUUACCUAA